UCUGCAUCCCGUUUGAGUCACUAUGCAGAUUUUUAGAUAACCUUUUAUAAUCUAUCCUGGUUGCUCCUGGAAUAAAGAUUGCUUCAUCUCCCUCCUGAUUUGACUUUUUUACAGGCUCUACCAGCAAUGGCUGUGUUGAAAAACAUCAUCUUCCUUUGUCAGCUUCUUCCAUUUGUGCGAACCAUAAAUAUCAAAUUCUUCCCAUGUGAUACAGAUGACAAUGCCACCACAGUAGACUGCUAUGACAGACCACUCAAGCAUGUCCCUUUCAUCGCAUCUACCACUGUGGUGUCAAUCAAUUUAAGUCAGACUAAGAUACAGCAAGUGGGGCAGCAUGCUUUUGCACAUGUCCCAAACCUUCACACUCUGAAAAUAAUGGGGAAUUGUCAACCAGGUCAACUGAGAGCCUUAGAAAACCGGUAUUGCAAAAUGGAGAUCCACCAUUAUGCCUUCAAGAGCUUACUGAAGCUUGAAUAUCUGCAUCUGUCAGGAAAUAGCCUCACCUCUAUACCCUGGUUACCUGAAACCCUAAGGGUUCUCGAUCUACAGAAUAAUCGUAUCUUCCACAUUGUCCAGCCUUUAAACACUCCAAAUCUCGAAAACCUCUUCCUCACCAGGAACUGCUUUUAUGCAAACCCUUGCAACCAGUCCUUUUACAUCAGUGAAAGGGUUUUUAGAGAGCUCCAUAAACUCAAAAACCUAACAUUAGGGUAUAAUAAUUUGACAGCUGUCCCUAAAGGACUGCCACCCUCACUGGAGAGUCUGGAUUUAAGAGAGAAUACAAUCACAAAGGUCUUAGAAGGAGCUUUUGCCAACCUGACUAGGCUCAGGGAUUUGAAUUUGGAGUGGAACUGCCAGCGUUGUGACCAUGCAGCAAGGCCCUGUUUCCCUUGCCCACAAAAUGUCUCUCUAAAACUCUACCGAAACUCAUUCUAUUCUAAGAACAGCUCCAUCACCUACCUAAGCUUGAGAGGCAACUCUCUGAGAACAUUUCCAGAGGGUGUUUUCAAACCUUUGAGGAAUUUAAAGAGGCUAGACCUCUCUGACAACCUCCUGGCAUAUACUAUGCAAAAUGGCACCUUCUUCACAGAGCUGAAGGGCCUCACUUGGAUUAGCCUUAUCUAUAACUAUGAACCACUGAAGACAUUUCCGGAACUGAUCCUUUCCCCACAUAUUGUUGAUAUAUCUGGUCUACAGUAUCUCCUUCUGAGUGGUAACUUUUUCCACCAACUUUCAAACCAGAGCCUUGUGGUUCUGUCCAAGCUUAAAAAUCUAAGGAAACUAGAACUGAGAAUGAAUUUCAUUAAUACUUGUAACUUGACAGAUCUGAAGCAAUUAACACAUCUCAUCAAUAUCGACCUCUCCCAAAAUAUGCUCAAUUUCCUUCCAUGCUGCUCCAGUCUAUCAAAUGAGAUUGUGGCACAGAAAAGCUGUCAGAACCAGAACUUGUAUACACAUGAUUUACGCGACCAACCCUUUAUUUUGAGAGAUCGAGACGUCACAUCUGGAAGUGAGAUCUGGGAGUCCAACCAAUCAAAUGUGUACGGAAUGUUGGAGGACAGUGCACCACGAUUUCCAUCAUUGUGGGAUUUUAGAAAUAAUUUCUGCAGACAUAAAUUAACAUUUGACCUGUCGCAAAAUGACAUUCUAUCUCUUAACAAGAAUGUGUUUGUAGGCAUGGAAAAUGCAGUUUGUUUAGACCUUUCCUUCAAUUACAUGAGCCAGGCAUUGAGGGGUGGUGAGUUUGAUAGUGUGAAAAAUUUAGUUUUUCUUGAUUUGUCUUACAAUAGGCUUGAUUUUUAUUAUAGCAAUGCUUUCAGUGAGCUUAAAACUACUCUGAAGGUAUUAGAUGUUAGUAAUAAUGACUUUCACUUCAAAAUGAAGGGCAUGGGCCAUCAUUUUGACUUUCUUCAUAAUCUGACUAACUUGGAAGUCCUAAGUCUAGCAAACAAUGGCAUUGAGAUGAGAAUAGAUCAAAGGCUGAUCAGCAGCUCUGUGAAGUACCUCUAUUUCUAUGGAAAUCACCUAUGUACUAUGUGGGAAUCUGAUAACAACAAGUACACUCAUUUCUUCCAAAACCUUACAAACCUUACCUACUUGGACAUCUCCAACAAUGACCUGAUAUCAAUCUCACCAGAGGUACUGUGUAACUUCCCAGGAAACCUUGAGACCCUUAGCAUCAGCAACAAUCUGCUGAACUAUUUCCCAUGGCAGAACAUCUCAGCACUCAGUAAUUUAUGUCACCUGGACCUCAGUCAAAACCAUCUCUCUUAUUUGCCCGAUAGAGUCAUAGAAUUUGGAGCCAAUUUUUCUCUCUUGGACCUCAGUCACAAUCACCUUAGUUUUGUUCCUGAGAAUUUCUUCAGAAAGGUAAAAUCCUUGAAAUAUCUGUAUCUUAGCCACAAUCAGAUCAAGGAGUUGAACCAUCAGUAUUUCCCUGCCCCUUUUAAAAAUGGUAGUGCCCUUCAACAACUCACCCUGCAUGCGAACCCCUUUAAAUGUGAUUGUGAUACAUCUUGGUUUGCAGACUUUUUGCGUACUACUCCAGUAAAGAUUCCUUAUCUCACCACAUAUAUACACUGUGAAUUCCCAGAGUCCCAGCAGGGUGAGAGUAUACUGUCUAUGGACCAGCGUUCCUGCCAGGACAUAUAUGGUAGCUUAGCAUUCCUCAUCUGUUCCUUCAUGGCUGUGACAUUCACUGUUCUGCCCCUACUGAAGCAUCUCUAUGGCUGGGAUAUGUGGUAUUGCCUUCAGGUGCUUUGGGCAGGACACAAAGGCUAUUCCCAACUGGCUGGUACUGAUUCACAGUAUCACUAUGAUGCUUUUGUGGUGUUUGACACCAGGAACCAGGCUGUGAGAGACUGGGUCUACAAUGAGUUGACUGUCAAUCUGGAGAAGUUGGGUCACAGGAGAUUUUGUCUCUGUUUGGAAGAGAGGGACUGGAUUCCUGGGCUUUCGUGUAUUGAGAAUCUACACAGUGCUGUCUACAACAGUGUGAAGACGGUGUUUGUGCUCUCCAGUGGUUUUAAUGGUGGUGAGAUGGUGAAUGGUGUGAUCCGCCAGGCUUUCUUCAUGGUUCAGCAGCGGCUUCUGGAUGAGAAGGUGGAUGCAGCUGUGCUGGUUCUGUUGGAUGAGAUGUUUCCCAAAUUGAAGUACCUUCAGCUGAGGAAGAGACUGUGCAGAAAGUCUGUGUUGUCCUGGCCCAGAAACCCAAGGGUUCAACCCCUUUUCUGGAAUCGAAUGAGAAUGGUGUUGUCAUCAGAUAACCUCAAAUUUUAUGACAACAACAUGAGUGAAAGUUUUAUAUGACUACACUUAAACUGCCAAGCCACCUUGGUGGAAAAAAAGUAUUUAAUCCCCCAUUACCUAAUUUUGACAAAUUUACCCUCUCACUGAUGAUUUAUGUCAUAAUACUUGAUAGUUUUUUUUUUUUUUUUAAUGUAACUGUAAUUUCUUUCAUCAAAAUGUGACAGCUCCUCCAUAUGAAUAUUUUGCCUUACUUUUUUACCAGAUUGUUCUGUUGUUUUAUUUUUUUUUCUUUUUGAUAUUUUGACAUUGUCAUGAAUUCUUUAUAUUUCCAAUAAAGUUUCUUCAGUUUUUUAUUUUUUAUUUUAUUUUUUAUCCUAGUCUUCGGGGGUGUUGAAUUGGUAUGUAAGCUACAAGUUAACAGAUUGUUAAUUUUAAGUAAUUGUAGCAUUUGUAAUUGGACUAUAAUAAACCUGAUUUCAAUCCA